UCCAUCCAUCCACCCCGCAGGGCCGACCUUCUUGUUCUCCCUCCACCCACACCGCCGGCGACCGCACUCGCACUCGCUCCGCAUCCGCCUGCCUGCACCUGCCUGCAACCACACCUCAUCUGCGCCGUCUCCUGGACGCGGCAAGCCCUCCGACCCCCGCCCCACGCCGGCCGGCCUCGGCGCACGGGCACCCGCCAUGCCGCGCUUCGAGGACCACCUGCCCACGCGGCCCGUCGACCGCGAGAAGAACGAGACGGAGCUGAACCUCAACAUCAAGAAGGCCACCUCGACCGACGAGACGGCGCCGAAGCAGAAGCACGUGCGAAAAUGCAUCGUCUACACGUGGGACUACCACACGUCGCAGUCGAUCUGGACGGGCCUGCGCGUGCAGCCGAUCCUGUCCGACGAGGUGCAGACGUUCAAGGCGCUCAUCCUCGUGCACAAGGUGCUGCAGGAGGGCCAUGCCAUUGUGCUGCGCGAGGCACAGGCGCAGAUGGGCUGGUUCGAGACGUGUGCGCGCACGGUGGGCAACGACAGCAUGCGCGGCUAUGCCCCCCUCAUCCGCGCGUACGUCUCCUUCAUCCUCGCCAAGCUGCGCUUCCACCGCCACCACAAGGAGUUCAACGGCCUGUUCGAGUACGAGGAGUACAUCUCGCUGAAGAACAUCGACAACCCCGAUGAAGGCUACGAGACGAUCAUGGACCUGAUGAACCUGCAGGACCAGAUCGAGCAAUUCCAGAAGCUCGUCUUUGCGCACUUCCGCAACAGCGCCAACAACGAGUGCCGCAUCUCGUCGCUCGUGCCGCUCGUCAAGGAGUCGUACGGCAUCUACAAGUUCCUCACGUCGAUGCUGCGCGCCAUGCACCGCCGCACCGACGCCAUGGACGCGCUCGAGCCGCUGCGUGGCCGCUACAACACGCAGCACUACUCGCUGCGUAAAUUCUACUACGAGUGCGCCAAUCUCAAGUUCCUCACCAGCCUCAUCAACGUGCCAAAGCUCAAUCACGACCCGCCGAACCUCUUUGACUCGCCCGACGGCCCUGCGCUGCCCUCUCGGACACCCAAGGCAGCCACGCCGCCGCCCAGCGGGCCCUCGCAGUCCGAGAUCGACGAGCAGGCGCGCAUGCUGAAGGAGUACGAGGACCGGCAGCGGGCACUGCGCGAGUCGGAGGAGGCGGAGAAGCAGCGCCUGGCCGACGCCGCCGCCAAGAGCCAGCGCGACUUUGAGGAGCAGCAGCGGCUGCAGGCCGAGCGCGAGCGCGCGGCACAGGAGGCGCUGAUGCGCGCGCAGAUGGACCAGAUGGCCGGCGGCCGCGCGGCGGAGCUCGAGCGCGAGAUGCUGGCCAUGCGCGGGCAGUACGAGCGCGACCAGCUCAUGCUUGAGCAGUACGACCGGCGCGUCAAGGCGCUCGAGAACGAGCUGGCGACGAUCGGGCAGAACGUCAACGCGCAGCUGAUGAGCAAGGACGAGAUGCUCAAGCAGCUGCAGGACCAGGUGACGCUGUGGCGCAACAAGUACGAGGCGCUGGCCAAGCUGUACAGCCAGCUGCGCACCGAGCACCUCGACAUGCUCGCCAAGUACAAGCAGAUGCAGAUCAAGGCUGGCUCGGCGCAGGAGGCGAUUGACAAGAUGGAGCGCAUGGAGCGCGACGUCAAGGCGAAGAACCUCGAGCUGGCGGACAUGAUCCGCGAGCGCGACCGCGCGCGCUUCGACCUGGACCGCAUCAAGGCGAGCCAGAAGGAGGAGUUCGACCGGCUCAAGCGCGAUCUCAUGUUCGCCAACGAGCGCGCCGAGGACGCGACGCGCAGCAAGAGCUCGGAGAUGUCGGGCAUCAUGGCGACGCUCAAUCGUCAGAUCGCCGAACUGGAGGAUGCGCUGCGGGAGAAGCGCAACGGCUCCGACGACCUGCUGCGGCGCCUCGACGAGAAGGACGCCGAGCUGGCGCGUCUGCGCGACGAGCAGGCUGCCGAGCUGGCGAUCAUGCAGGAGGGCAUGGACGCCACGAUCAAGCAGAUGAGCGAGAUGCAGCUCGGCCAGGGCGCCCAGGACGAGGCCGUCAACGCGCAGAUCGACACGCUUAUCCUCGACAACUCGAAGAAGCUCAACGCGAUCAUCGACUCGAUCCUGCAGGCCUGCGUGGAGAAGGUCGACGAUGCCAUCUACGAGCUCGAGUCGCCCUCGGCGUCGGGCAACGCAACCGCCACGCCCGAGUACGUGCUCUCCCUCAUCGAGAAGGGCACUGGCGCGUCAAGCGAGUUCGGCGCCGUCUACUCACUCUACCUCUCGGGCGAAGCCGGCGGCGAGCACGUCGAGGUGAUCAAGCGCGCCAACGCGCUGGCGCAGACGAUCCACGACGUGCUCGUGUCCACGAAGGGCAUCACGCGCCUGGCGCAGUCCGAUGCUGCGGCUGAGAAGCUCGUGGGCACUGGCCGCGCCUCGGGAGACGUGCUGCUGCGCCAAUUCGUCAGCCUGCAGUCGUUCCGUCUCGCAGGCGUGGCGCCUGCACAGCGCCGCAACGUCGUCGCACAGCAGGGCAUGGAGGCGGCCAACGCGUUCCGCCAGCUCAACGACGUCGUUGAGGGCAUGGUCAAGAGCGGCGACUCGCUGGCCAAGGCCAAUGGCGACAUCGGCGACCUCGUGGAGCGCGAGAUGAUGGGCGCUGCGGCUGCCAUCGAGGCAGCCACGAAGAAGCUGCAGGCGCUUCUGUCGCGCCCCCGUGACACCGGUCGGCACUCGGCCAUCGACCUGCAGGUGCACGAUGCCAUUCUCGAGGCCGCCCUGGCCAUCACGCGCGCCAUCGGCGGCCUCAUGCAGGCUGCAACCGAGAGCCAGCAGGAGAUCGUGGCGCAGGGCAAGGGCAGCAGCUCGAGCCAGCAGUUCUACAAGCGCAACAACCGCUGGACGGAGGGCCUCAUCUCCGCGGCGCGCGCUGUGGCGUUCGCCACGACGAUGCUCAUCGAGGCGGCCGACGGCGUGAUCCUCGGCUCGCACUCGCUCGAGCAGCUCAUCGUGGCCUCCAACGAGGUCAGCGCGGCGACGGUGCAGCUCGUGGCGGCGUCGCGCGUCAAGGCCGAGUACAUGAGCCGCACGCAGGACCGCCUCGAGCGCGCUGCAAAGGCCGUCACCGACGCGUGCAAGGCGCUCGUGCGCCAGGUCAAGGCCAUCACCGAGAAGCCGGGCGCCGACGAGCCGAGCGACUACUCUCAUCUGCCGCUUAACGAGUUCCGCGUCAAGGAGAUGGAGCAGCAGGUCGAGGUGCUCAAGCUCGAGAAGGAGCUCACGCUGGCGCGGAGGACACUGGCUGCCUACCGCCGCUCGGCGUAUCACGCACACGACGACGACGACUGACGGGCACACGCGGACACCUCUUAUUUGCCAACUAUCUGCGAUGCCUCUUUGCGGUCUCAGACGUGAUUGUAGUUGCGCAGGUGACGCGGGGCGCGCGCAUUGCAUUGCACUGGCAGUAGUUGCGAGGAGACGGCGCGGGACGGAGGCGAGGGUUGCUCAGCCACUGCUCUCGGUGUCCGCGCGAGUAGGGUACAUAGGGAGACAGCGGCAGAGCGGCCUUGCGGGAAUGGCCGGACGCGUCAGAGGCAGAGAGACUAGUAC